GUGAGAUUCAUUUAAAACAAGGUAAAAUGCAUUCAGUGUGUUGGGGUAAAUGUUAGGGGCAGAAGGGUCUGAAAGAAAAGAGUUGUGCUGGUCAGGCAUGGGAAUUGUAGUUUCGAAUCACAGCCAGAGCUUAUGUUAAAACGGCCUCUUCAAAGGAAAUGGACUACAACACCCAUACGCCAAACUCUCUUGAUACUUUGUAAACUCUGUGCAAGUUGCGCGUAUGCACUGCUAUUUUAGGUAUGCAGCUAGUGAAGCUAGCCUGUUUUCCGUCUGGUUUUGGCCUCUUCAAAUCCAUUUAAAGCCUCUUUUUCUGAUGACAGCUGUUGAACGACAAUGCACAGAUGACAUUUUGCGACAAGUUGAUUUUCAGCUGAAUUCCCACUUGACUACACUGGCCAGCAUCCAUAAGAUCCACCACACAUUGCACAGGCUGAACUUGACAGAAGACGUUGGACAGGAUAGCCACCCUUCAGCUUGCUGCCCCAGAGCCAUGCCUCCUAGGAAAAAGAGGAGACCCUCUGCUGGGGAUGACAUGUCAGCCAAGAAAAGUCGACAGGACAGUGUUUUCAGAAAACACGAGACAACACAAAUCCGCGAGGAGGACACAUUUUCCAGUAAAAGAUGUUUGGAGUGGUUCUAUGAAUAUGCAGGUUGUGAUGAAGUGGUGGGUCCCGACGGUAUGGAGAAGUUCUGUGAAGACAUUGGAGUGGAGCCGGAGAAUGUGGUGAUGUUGGUUCUGGCCUGGAAGCUGGAUGCUCAGAGUAUGGGCUAUUUUACCCUCCAGGAGUGGCUGAGAGGCAUGGGCUCACUGCAGUGCGACUCCACGGAGAGGCUGAGAAACUCGCUCGAGUACCUGAGAUCUGUCCUUAACGACAGCACCAGUUUUAAGCUCAUUUAUAGAUAUGCCUUUGAUUUUGCUCGGGAAAAGGAUCAGAGGAGUCUGGACUUGAACACAGCCAAAUGCAUGCUGGGGCUUCUUCUGGGAAAGACGUGGCCUCUUUUUCCUGUGUUUAAUCAGUUUCUAGAGCAAUCCAAGUACAAAGUCAUCAACAAAGACCAAUGGUGCAAUGUUUUAGAGUUCAGCAGGACAAUCAACCUGGACCUCAGUAACUAUGACGAAGAUGGUGCCUGGCCAGUUUUGUUGGACGAGUUUGUGGAAUGGUACAAGGAAAGGCAGAUGUCAUAGGUGCAGAGCAAAAAGUGGAAAAAUACAACUGUGACAACGACAACUAUGAGAAACGACAACCAAUAAGUAAACAUUACAAAAUCGGUAAAGCAGUGACUGUGGGGGGCUUCCUGGUGGAGGAGGGGGUUCAG